GGCCUCAGUGUUGAGGGUGGCAACAUUGUAAGGCUAUAAAGUUCCCUUUUUUUUUGUUUGCUCUUAAAAGGAGGGGAGGAAGGAGGGUUUCAUGACUGACCAGCUAGCCUAUGAACGUCACCUGGGUGAUGGGAUUCCCCGAUGGUGAAGAACAGGGAACCUUCCUCGCUCUCGAUAUGGGAGGUACCAACUUGCGGGUCUGUGAAAUUACCCUCACCAAAGAAACGGGUGCCUUCGAUAUCAUCCAGUCCAAGUACCGAAUUCCCGAGGAGCUCAAGACCGGUACCGCAGAUGAGCUGUGGGAGUACAUUGUCGAUUGUGUUCAGCAAUUCAUCGAAUUCCACCACGAAAACGAAAACCUCCACAAGCUGCCAUUGGGCUUCACCUUUUCCUACCCUGCUACUCAGGAUUACAUUGACCACGGUGUGCUCCAACGCUGGACCAAGGGGUUCGACAUUGCCGGAGUGGAAGGCGAGGAUGUCGUUCCACCCCUCGAGAAGAUCUUCAAGGAGAGAGGCCUUCCAAUCAGGGUCGCCGCCUUGAUCAAUGACACCACCGGAACCCUGAUUGCCUCCGCCUACACCGAUCCCCAGAUGAAGAUUGGUUGCAUCUUUGGCACCGGUGUCAACGCCGCCUACAUGGAAAACGUCGGCUCAGUCCCCAAGCUGGCCCACAUGAACCUUCCCCCCGACAUGCCCAUUGCCAUUAACUGCGAAUAUGGCGCGUUCGAUAACGAACACAUCGUGCUGCCCCUGACCAAGUACGACCACAUCAUUGACCGCGACUCCCCCCGUCCCGGUCAGCAGGCCUUUGAGAAGAUGACCGCCGGUCUGUACCUGGGGGAAAUCUUCCGUCUGGCCCUGGUGGAUCUCUUGGACAGCCGACCUGGGCUCAUUUUCCAGAACCAGGAUUGCUCCCAGCUGCGCAUCCCCUAUUUGCUCGAUUCUUCCUUCCUGGCUGCCAUUGAGGAAGAUCCCUAUGAGAACUUGUUGGAAACCGAGGAGUUGGUCCGGGCCAAGCUGAAGGUCAAGCCGACCCGUGCGGAGCUGGAAAUGAUGCGGCGUCUGGCCGAGUUGAUUGGUACUCGGGCUGCUCGCCUGUCCGCCUGCGGUGUGGCUGCGAUCUGCAAGAAGAAGAACAUCGAAUCCUGCCACGUGGGCGCUGACGGCUCUGUCUUCACGAAAUACCCCCACUUCAAGGCCCGUGGAGCCAAGGCCCUCCGGGAGAUCCUCGACUGGGCCCCCCAAGAGAAGGACAAGGUCGUGGUCAUGGCUGCUGAGGACGGAUCGGGCGUGGGAGCCGCUCUCAUUGCGGCGUUGACCUUGAAGCGAUUCCGUGCGGGCAACCUGGCCGGUAUCCGCAACAUGAACGAAAUGAAGUCUUUGGUUUAGUUUUUAGAAUACUCCGAAACGUAUUAUUGGAGGGCGCCUAUUUUGGAUUUCGGUGGAUUAUCUUAUGGUUAUGAAUGACCAAACAUAAGAAAUAUUCGUACCUGCCUAGGACAUCGUGGAGGCUUUAUGAUUCAGCCGACCAAGUCAAUAGACAUGUUAGACACUAUGAUUCUUUUCUCUCCUCCUCGCCAUGUAGUCAGCCAGUCGUCGGCUCCGGAUUUGAAUCCUUCCAGCAGAGGCUUCCUGGAAGGAGCUCUUGCCGGAUUGGCCGUUGGGCUGGGUAUCGCGGUCUUCAUCAAGUGGCGUCACCUUGUAUAGCUUGUUCAAAGGUUCCAAACAGGCUACGCUUUCAACUCGAUAUCUAGGAUACUCAUCAGCUAUCUCAGGAGCGGGUAAAUCGGUCUACCGAUGGAAAAUAAUGGAAAUAAUUCUCGUGAUGCGAUC